UCUCUCAACUCGAUCAGCGUCUCAAAGUCUCAGCGUCUAACGAUCGAACGCGGUACCUCUGUGCGAAUUCUUUGAACUAGGCGCUUAAAAAGCACUGCCAGUUGCUCCGAUCCCUCAUACGCCGUGCAUUCAUCGCGCCUCGUGGACGUGCCGUGUGUAGUGGCUUCAAAAAGCGGAAAAUAUUAUAAUAAACUAACAAAAUAACAAGGAAUCGUCCUUAUCGAGGCGAUUCGAAACGAACUUCGUGUGGAAACAGUGAUUUUGUGUUUUUUGUGAGACCGAACCCCGACUCAGCGGAUUUUGAGUGUUCUACUUGGAAUUUCAACGUUUUUGUUUGCCAACUAAAUCCUUAAAGAUGUCGCCCAACAUAAUAGGCAGUACUUUUAUAUUGGCCGAGACGGCAAUUGCCGAUGGUAAUAACAACAAGAUGGCUUCCACACCCGCCGCUUCUGCCGCUCCAGCAGCCACGCCCAGCCAGAAGGUCGCCAAGAAGACAGAGACGAAAACGCCGGAAAACAAGCCCUACGAACUGGAGAUCGUGUGGCGUAACGUUGGACUCUUCAUCAUCCUCCAUUCGAUGGCUCUGUACGGUCUGUACCUGGUAUUCGCCGAGAACGCCUACUUGGAGCUCUUGCCUGUUUAUGUCACCAUGUUCUUGGGAGGAUUGGGAAUCACUGCCGGAGUCCAUCGUCUGUGGUCGCACAAGGCCUACAAGGCUAAGCUGCCCCUGCGUAUCUUCCUCAUGCUGUGCCAAUCGCUGGCCUUCCAGAACAGCAUUUGGGAGUGGACCCGUGACCAUCGUGUGCACCACAAGUUCACCGACACACACGCCGAUCCCCACAACUCCCGUCGUGGCUUCUUCUUCGCCCACAUGGGAUGGUUGAUGUGCAAGAAGCACCCCGAUGUGACCAGCAAGGGAAAACAGAUCUCCAUGGAGGACAUUGAGCAGGAUCCCGUUGUUAUGUUCCAGAAGAAAAUGUACUUUGUUGUAAUGCCCAUCUGCUGCUUCGCCCUCCCCAUGAUCUUCCCCUACUAUGUUAUGGGCAGCUCUCUGCGCGUUUGCUUCUUCACCUGCUCCAUGCUCCGUUUUUGCCUGUCGCUCCACUUCACCUGGUUGGUGAACAGCGCCGCCCAUUUCUACGGCAUGAAGCCCUACGAUGUCAACGUGAGUGCCAUGAACAACAAAGUGGUGUCCACUCUGACCAUUGGUGAGGGAUGGCACAACUACCACCACGUCUUCCCCUGGGACUACAAAGCAGCUGAGUUGGGAACCUACAGCUUCAACUGGACGACGGCCUUUAUCGAUGUGAUGGCUAAGAUUGGACAAGCCUAUGACCUGAAGUUCGUGUCCCAGGAGAUGGUCUACAAGCGAGUCCUCCGCACUGGCGAUGGCUCCCACAUUGCCGCCCUGCUGGAUGCCAACAACAACAGUCCCAUCCCAACUAGCGAACUGGUGGCCCAUCUGGAUCACGAGAAAGAGGAGCACGCCAUCUGGGGAUGGGACGACAAAGACAUCAGCGAGGAGGACCGCAAGGGAGCCAACGUGGUGAACAAGGAGUCCGAGUGCAAGCUGGAUUAGAGAGUGGGGGUCAGUGGAAGUUCAUCCAAACGAACACACUUCUUGCUGCCACAUCGGGUCUGCAGUAUUUAAUUAUAUUAAUUGCCUAUCCUCCAUACUGCCUGCGCAUUUAAGUGGUGGCUGUUAAACAAAAACUAGAAAAGAAAAAAAACAAAAACAUAAAAGACAUAGGGGGGAUAACGACCGUGAGACCUGAUCAGAUGGCAGCAAGGAUAUCUUAUAUAUCAAUGGCUUCAAUUCCAAAAACAACAAAACAAAUGAAAACUAUUCGAGAUUAGUCAAAGCAACUCGUUCCCAGCAACAGAGUGUUAAACAAAAAAACGAAAAGUGUGCACCUUAUUAAUGCUCUACACAACCCCUUUCUCGCACUUGUCGUUCGGGGAUAAUGAACACAUUUGCCACCCUCUCCCUAUCUCUAUCUUUAUCUCUAUUUUUAUAUUAAUAAAUGUAUAUUUACGCAAGAGGUUCUAGAAUUAAGCGUACCUGCUAAGAUCUAUUUUAAGCAUCGACUUUUAUGUGUGUGUACAUUGUGUUAGUUAUGUAGGUCUAAAACUGUACAUUUCAAUCCAACUAUUGUUGAAAAUUAAAACAAAAAUUUUAAAAAAAACUAAAAAAAAACUAAAUCGAAAUGCAUUUAUUAUUUUGU